AUGCGUCCGUCUGUCUUGCGGGCCAUCGAGUCCGCGAAGCCGUUGGCUCGCGUGCCUCGUUCAGUGUCCAGAAGCUUUUCUACGGUUAACCAGUCAACCGUCAAAGACCCCGCUGAGUUAGAUCAAAUCACCACACUAUCCAAUGGAGUCCGCGUCGCCACCGAGUCUCUACCAGGACCCUUCGCCGGCGUUGGGGUCUACGUCGAUGCCGGAUCCCGCUACGAAGACGAGAGCCUGCGGGGUGUAAGUCACAUCAUGGACCGAUUGGCAUUCAAGUCGACCAAAAAGCGCUCGAGCGAUGAGAUGUUGGAGUCCCUCGAGGCGCUGGGAGGAAACAUUCAGUGCGCUUCGUCCCGGGAGUCGCUGAUGUACCAGUCUGCCAGUUUCAACUCCGCAGUGCCGACGACCCUGGGUCUGCUGGCUGAGACGAUUCGGGAUCCGUUGAUUACUGAGGAGGAAGUGUUGCAGCAGCUGGCGACUGCGGAGUAUGAGAUUGAUGAGAUCUGGGUGAAGCCGGAGCUUAUUCUGCCUGAGUUGGUGCAUAUGGCCGCGUAUAGGGAUAACACAUUGGGUAACCCUUUACUGUGCCCAAGGGAGAGGUUGGGUGAGAUCAACAAGGCUGUGGUGGAAAGGUACCGGGAGGCGUUUUUCAACCCCGACCGGAUUGUCGUCGCUUUUGCUGGAGUUCCGCACGAGGAGGCCAUCAAGCUUACGGAGCAAUACUUUGGAGAUAUGAAGGCAAGACAGCAGGGUACUGGCCCCGUCCUUUCGGGCAGUGGUAUUGACACCACGCUUUCGGAUUCCGAAUCAGCCGCGAGGGAGGGCCAGGUGCCUACAGUCCCUCAGUUCACUCCGUCAUCAACGGUAUCCAGCGGAGCUGCUUCGGAGUCAACAGAGUCUAGCUUCCUCUCGAAACUCCCGUUCCUGAAGAGCCUCUCUGGCUCAUCGUACAAGAACAGCUCUGUUUCCCCUCUAGAUCCUUCAAUGGUUGAGCCAUCAAUGUUGGACUUGAACCGGCCUUCCUACUACACUGGCGGAUUCAUUGCCCUCCCUCCAAUCCCUCCGCCUGCAAACCCCAUGAUGCCUCGCCUGAGUCACAUUCACCUUGCCUUUGAGGCUCUCCCCAUCUCCAACACCGAUAUCUACGCGCUCGCUACUCUCCAGACCCUCCUCGGAGGUGGCGGGUCCUUCUCCGCCGGCGGUCCGGGUAAGGGCAUGUACACUCGUCUUUACACCAACGUCCUCAACCAAUACGGAUGGGUGGAAAGCUGCAUCGCCUUCAACCACAGCUACACAGACAGCGGCAUUUUCGGUAUCUCGGCCUCAUGCAGCCCCACCCGCACCACCGAAAUGCUAGAGGUCAUGUGCCGCGAACUCCACGCUCUAUCCCAAGACAGCGGCUACUGGGCCCUGCAGCCCCAAGAAGUCAACCGCGCCAAGAAUCAACUUCGCUCCUCUCUCCUGAUGAACCUCGAGUCUCGCAUGGUCGAACUGGAGGACCUAGGCCGUCAAGUCCAGGUCCACGGCCGCAAGGUCAGUGUGAGCGAAAUGUGCCGUCACAUCGAGGCACUAACAGUCGAGGACCUGCGCCGUGUUGCCCGCCAAGUCUUUGGCGGUGAUGUUAAGAACCCCGGUCAGGGUACCGGGAAGCCGACAGUGGUGAUGCAGGAGGGUGAGCUUGAAGGCUACAGGCUUCGGCCGUUCCCUUGGGAAGAGAUUCAAGAACGGAUAGCGCGGUGGAAAUUGGGAAGAGUGUAG